AUGGUGGCUACAAAUGCCAUGAUGAAAUUCACCUUCAUGCUUGGCCUUGUUGUAUUGUUGUUCAUAAACCAUUUUCAGUGCUACAAAGCUGAUAAUGAUACAGACCCAGCUCCCACCUGCAAAAAGUACGAAUGCCCUCCCUAUAUCACCAUUCACAAAGACCAGGAGUUUGAGAUCAGGCUUUACAAUCGUACAGUCUGGAUGUCCACCUCAGAAAUAGCUUCCAAUUCUUUCAAAAAGGCCACCAGGGAGGGAGUCCUCAAGUUGCGCGAUUAUGUGAAGGGCAACAACAAAGAAGAGAAAAAAGUGCCCAUGACAGCACCAGUUGUGACAGAUGCAAAAUUGUCUAGUGGAAGUUCUUCCUACUAUAACUCUUCCUUUGUGGUUCGCCUGCACAUGCCCAAACAAUUCCAAGACUCUCCUCCUGCUGCAAUGGAUGACAUGGAGCUGCACCCACAUCUCAUAAACUCUCGGUGUACUGCUGUGAGGGCUUUUGGAGGAUUUACAACAGACCAGAAUAUCAAGGAGGAGGCUAAGAAGCUUAAAGAAACUCUUGUUGGAACUCCUUGGGGAACUUUGCUGAGGAGUAAUUUUACCAAUGAGUGUUUGUCUAAGGAUGUUCCCUUUGUUUUUAUAGUUGCAUAGUAUAAUUCUCCCUUCAAUAAUGUUAGUAGGGUUAAUGAAGUUUGGUUCACCUUGGAUGAUUCUAAGUGUUCAAUAUAGAUGUUUACGCCAUAUCUAAUGGGUGCUUAAUAUGUGAUUCAAUGUAUCUAGUUUUC